AAACUCCUGGUUCAAACUUUUAAAAAUAAAUUGAACUUUAUUUGCUUUUCUUUAGCUUGUUACAAAUCAAAUUCAGCGUGUCAACAGAAAACUAAUUCUAAUAUGUUGUCCUUUGUACGGUUAAUAGAACUAGGAAAUGUGUGGACAGUAAAACAAAAUUUAACUUAAAUAUAGUGAUAUGCUGCGUUCCCAACUUUGUUCUAGACUCUUGAUCAGAAUAUAAAUAUUUCUCUUCAUUAGCGACGAUUAGUCUCUGAAAUGAAUAAAGUUUGACAUGAACCUAAUUUAAUAAAUUGCGACAAGCAGUUGAGCUGACAACUUACCUUGAACCUGGGUACAGAAGUAGUGGUUAAUCUAAGAUUAAACUACUUAUCGCUAUUCAUUAAAUUUGACCUAUCUUUUGUUUGUCUACAUUUGAGUUUGAGGACUGAAUUUUUUGAAAUAUUGUUCUAGUUCGACGCAAAAUAUUUUUCUGCGCAAUAUUGGAAUGUAGAUCCAAAUGUUUGUUCUACCUUCAACAUAUUGAACGAAUUGAACCCAUUAUUUUCAGAAGGUUCGACCUACGAUAUUUCAAAUGUCCGACCUACGAUAUUUCAGAAGGUCUGACCUACGAUAUUUCAGAAGGUCCGAUCUACGAUAUUUCAGAUAAGAUGUUUCGAAGCUGCUGCUACAGCCGACUCCUCAGACACAAAGAAACUUUAAUUAGAACUCGUAGAAACCUUAUUCUAGGUAUUGAAACAAGCUGUGAUGAUACUGGGGCAGCUGUUAUAGACCUUUCAGGUAGAUUGCUGGGCGAAAGUUUGUCCACACAAUUAUCCACAAGGUUUGGAGGAGUUAUACCAACUUUUGCCAUGGUUUUCCACACAGACAAGAUACAAGGGGUUGUAGAGGAGGCGCUUAAACAGGCUGAUGUGACUAUGGAAGAUGUAUCUGUGAUAGCUGUUACCAACAGACCAGGUCUCAAAGGACCUUUGAUCAUUGGAACAGAUUAUGCAAAGUAUCUGUGCACCAAGUAUAACAAACCACUUAUUCCCAUUCAUCACAUGGCAGCGCACGCUUUAACUGUCAGGAUGGAGCAAGAUGUAAAAUUCCCUUUCCUUUUCCUCUUGAUCAGUGGGGGUCACUGUAUUCUAGGAAUUGCUAAGGAUAUUGAUAAUUUUACACUUCUCGGAGAGGGUUUAGACGGAUCUCCUGGAGAAAUGUUAGACAAGGCUGCCAGAAAUCUGAAGUUGCAUAGUUUACCAAAUAUGAGAGAUAUUAGCGGGGGACUAGCAGUUGAAACUUUAGCAAAGAAAGCUGUGAAUCCAAUAAAGUUUACUGUUCCAUUACACAACGAAAGAAAUUGCAACUUUAGUUUCUCAGGAUAUAAAGGACAUUUACACCUGGUUCUAAGACGGUUGGAAAAAAAUCGAGAAUUACCUUUCGAUUCUCAAUCAGUUAUUCCAGAGGCUUCCGACGUGUGCGCCGGUCUCCAGUACGCUGUUAGUAAACAUUUAUGUGAGAGAUUACAACGUGGUAUAGAGUUUACAGAAUACAAGGAGCUGAUGAGUGUAGGGAGUACUUUGGUUGUUUCCGGGGGAGUAGCAAGUAAUCAGUUUAUCAGGGGAAGUAUAUCCCGUGUAUGUGAGAGCCUAGGCUGGAAAGCUGUUUUUCCUAAUCCUAAACUUUGCACAGAUAAUGGAAUAAUGAUAGCGUGGGCAGGAUAUGAGUUCUGGAGAUCUGAACGAGGUAUUAUCCAACCUCAAGACGUAUUCCAGGUUCCUGUUAUACCAAAGUGCCCAAUAGGAAACAAUAUUUCUCAAGAAGUUACUCAAGCUAAUCUCAAAUGUAAAUGGGUCAGCAUGGAGUAGGAGUAAAGGAAAUGGGUCAACAUGGCGGUGGAUUAAAGGAAAUGGGUCAACAUGGCGGAGGAGUGAAGGAAAUGGGUCAACAUGGCGGAGGAUUAAAGGAAAUGGGUCAACAUGGCGGAGGAGUGAAGGAAAGGGGACAACAUGGCGGAGAAGUGAAGGAAAUGGGUCAACAUGGCGGAGGAAUAAAGAAAAUAGGUCAACAUGGCGGAGGAAUAAAGUUAAUAGGUUAACAUGGCGGAGGAAUAAAGUUAAUGGAUCAACAUUGAGGAUAAUUAAAGGAAAUGGCUUAACAUGGCGGAGGAGUGAAGGAAACGGUUCAACAUCGCGGAGGAGUGAAGGAAAUGGGUCAACAUGGUGGAGGAUUAAAGGAAAUGGGGCAACAACGCAGAGGAGUGAAGGAACUGGUUUAACAUCGCGGAGGAGUGAAGGAACUGGUUCAACAUCGCGGAGGAGUGAAGUAAAUGGAUUUACAUGGCGGAGGAGUGAAGGAAAUGGGUUAACAUGCCGGCGGAGGAUUAAAGGAAGCCUAUUAUUUCUUUUCGUCUUUAAAUUUUUAGAGAAAUUAUCAAUUUAGAAUUAAAUAUCUGUUUUUUUU